UUCCGAGUCCUUUUCCUUCCUUCCAGUUUCUCCCUCUUUUCUUCGUUCUCGAGUCCAACAUCCGAAAUAUCAACCAUCAUCCACCAAUAGCUGCAACAAACCCCAACCUGUCCGAGACAGACACCAGCAGCAAUCAAGAUCGUUAUUUGCAUUACAUCAACCAGCUCUUCCAUCAUCCAAAGUCCCCACCCACCUUCAUCACCCGACAUAAGCAGAACAAAACAAAUCAGCAAACCACCGAGACAAUACCCGCAGUCAUGCCCGUCAUCAUCCAAACCAUGAUACCCUCAUCACCAGCCCCGGCACCAGCUUCCACCUCCACAGGUGACCCCAACGAAGUCACUGUCAUUAUCUGGACGAUGGCCGGCACAAUCUGGUUUAUUGUAGCGGUCCUCUAUUUUGGGACACAGUUGGGACGGAUCUCGCUCGGGGAACCCGAUGAGAGAAGACAGCCGAUGGUGGCGCCGCGCACAAAAUUCAUCGGCCGCAUUAUCCUGGCCGUGCUUACCGCGCUGCUUUGGCCUCUUCGUCUGCUGUGGGAAUUUAUGGAUAUAAUUGUGAAGGAGUGGUGCAUCCCCGGGUGGAAGUGGUGCGCCGAUGUGUGCACGUGCGACACGUGCUGCUUCAAGAACUGUUGGGAUACGUACGAGAUACUUGCUCGGGAGCCGGGGGAUAACUGUGACACCGUCGGCGUGGGAAGCCAGACGGCACAGACCGAAGGCUUUAUGAUGAGGGAUCAACCGCAGACCGAAUGCGUUGUGAACAAUCAGCCUACAACCACGGGAUCUAUGGAGGUGCCGCCUACCUAUCAACAGGCUACAAAGCCGAUUGAGCUGCCUACUUACAAAGAGACCACGAUGCAUACGGGAAACUAACGUGGAAAGGGUUAAAGAGGACAAGCGAACAGAUUGGAUACUAAUACUCCGAUAGCGAGUCGAGGGACAAAAGAUCUUGUAACGUCACUUGACUCACUUGAGGCAUAUGCAGGCUGUAUUCGGACAGGAGAUGGUCCUGACGGCGGAUGAGCGUUUGGUUUGGCUUUUAUAGUGUAUCACUGCAAACAUUCUAUCAUUUCUAUAGCUUGGAAGACAGGUUAUUCGUCAAAAG